GCUCCGGGGAGCCUCCCGUUAGCCCCUGUCCUAUCCACGCCGCAGCGACACGUCACUCCCAGCAUCCUCCGCGGACAUCAGCUCCGUCCUGCGGCCUCGGGGGAUAACGGAACCGGCGGGAAGUGGAAUAACGGGGUUGGAAGAUGGUGAGAAGUCUCCUGCGCUGUCUCCCGGAGGGGUGAUCCCAGAUGUUCAGCAGCAGCAGGAUGGGCAUUGCAUUGGCACCGAUGGGGAAAUGACAGCCCACGUGGCGGUGUCACCAGUGGUUCUGCCAUGAAGACGCUUUUCUUUGAUGCUGCAAACAACGAUCACAGCAGCGUGUGGAAAGUGGAGGCCAAGCCCCAGGAGGAGGGAGACCCAGCCCACCACAAGCUCCUGCAUGAAGCCCCCAGACUGGAUGCCCCUAACAGCGAGCAGGAAAGCCCACCCCUCCCUCGUAGGUUCACCUGCCCCCAGCUGCUCUGCGACAAGACGUUUGCAUCCAAAUACAAGCUGUGCAGGCACAUGGCCACUCACUCUAUGCAGAAAUCCCACCAGUGCUCACACUGUGGCAAAAUGUUCCACCGGAAGGACCACCUAAAGAAUCACCUGCAGACCCAUAACCCCAACCGAGUGGCUCUGCAGUGCCCGGAGUGCAGCAAGAACUACAGCACCAAAUAUGGACACCGUCGCCACCUCGCCUUACAUGCCAUAGCCAGGGGAGACCUUAGCUGUGCCAUAUGCCUUCAGGUAUUCCGAGACCGCCAGUCGGUGCUUGAGCACCUGAAGAGCCACAACCACCGGCCGUCCAUGGGCAACCGAGAGAAGAAAUACCCCUGUGAGCACUGCGAUCGCUGCUUCUACACUCGUAAGGAUGUGCGCCGCCACCUUGUGGUGCACACCGGUCGCAAAGAUUUCCAGUGUCACUGCUGCGCCCAGAUGUUCGGACGCAAGGACCACCUGACGAGGCACAUGAAGAAGAGCCAUUGCGAGGAAGCCCCUCGAAUCAAGAUAGAACCUGAAGACGACUUGAGCCACAUGAGCUGCCAGUCGACAGUGGUGAAAGAAGAGUGGGGGCCAGUCAUGUGCAUGCAGCCAAGAGACAUGAUCCCCACAGGGAUGUACACGACAUCAUUUCAGCCGAUACCCAACGCUGGCCUUCCCCAGUCUUUAAUGCCAACCUCAUUGUCUUUAGGGCUUGGUUAUCCCACCGAGAGCAUGCCUGCCUUCUACACCGACCCAUCUAACAGGUUCCAGUUCACGUCUACCUCAUACCUCCCCAAAAGUGAAAUGGAUCCUUUCAUUUCUGAUGGGUCUGGGGGCCUGUCCCUCACCUCGCCUGAGCUAGCUCCAUGUACGCCACAGGCCUCAUUGGAUGAGUCUUACCUCUCCGCCUUGUGCGAUCCCUUGUCAUCCAGUGUAGACUUCAGCCAUUUCUUCAGCUUCUUGCCUGUCAGUCUCCCUCCUUGUAACCUCCCUUUACCCAACCCUGAGAUAUCCAUGGGAGAAAAUCAACAAUUCCUAACAUCUGGCAGCGGCUGUGGUGGAGAUCUGCCCCUGCCUCAUUUUACCUCAGACAUUAACCCUACGACAUUGCCUCAGUUUCACCAAGCCUUCAAGUAAACCUGGUGAGACCUUUUCUAGAUUUU